GAAAUUCAUUUGUCAAUUCCGUUAGUUUCGGUAUCUGUUAAUUAUAGAAAAUAACACAAAAAUAUAUAUUUUCGAAUCAUGUUUCGAAAUACAUUCCAAAAAGGUUUCCUAUCUGUUUUCUACAGCAUCGGUAGCAAUCCCUUAUUAAUAUGGAAAACGCAAACUAAGAACGGUUACAUCAAACGGGUAACUGACGAAGAUUUAAAUUCAAUGGCACUGGAAAUCGUCGGAUCAAAUAUGGCAACAGCAUAUAUUGUGACACCAAUACAUCCCAGAGAAUCACUUGCAAUAAAAUUACCGUUCAUAGUGCUCAUUAUAAAGAAUAUGAACAAAAGUUUUUCGUUUGAAGUUCAAAUUCUCGACGACCAGAACGUAUUACGAAGGUUCCGUGUUUCGAAUUGUCACAAUUCCACGAAGAUCAACAGCUUUUCCACAGCAAUGCCAAUAGUUAUGUCGGAUGGAUGGAAUCAAAUUCAAUUUAAUUUGGCGGACUUUACCCGACGUGCAUAUAAUACAGCUUACGUUGAAACAGUCCGCAUACAGAUCCAUGCCAACGUUCGAAUUCGACGAAUCUUUUUUUCCGACAGAAUUUACACUGACGACGAGAAACCGGAACAAUAUCGGUUGUUCCUGCCAAAGGAACGUGUAGCGAAAAAGAGUGAAAAAACCAAUAAACCACCCACCACUCCCAAAACUGAAAGAAAUGAUUACUGUGUAGAUACUUGCAAUCAGCCCUGCGCUUACAUCAAUCCUUCGUAGAUGGCUUUCCUCAUUCUGUUAUUUAUUCGUCAAUAAAUUUUCAAUAAAUCAAUAAAAUGGUGAGACGGUGGUGU